GGUUGUGAGAAAUUAGCCAUGGUAUUCCUAGAAUUACCUGGUAGUAUGGCGAUGAAAUUAGUAACAGAGGCAUUAAUUCUGUAUCAGGCACCACUUUUUGUAGAACAGUUUCUGGCAAAGUACUCUGACUCACCACUUUCUCUUUUUCUUAACAGUGGUUCUAAUUGGAAAUAUCAGUUUGCUGUUAUUCACAAUGAUGUUUAA